CGGGUGCAUGUGGUAAUCGUGGAAAGCAAAGCACUUGAAAAAAAGAAAAAAAAACGGUUCAAGCGUCCGCGCGCGACUCUGUCUGCAGGCAGUUUUUACAGAAGAUUGUAGAAGUAGGCUACGCGCGUGAAACCAUCUGAGCACAACUGAAAAUAAGGUAUUUGACUCAAUUCCGAACGACUGUGGAAUUUGUCUUGUUGUAACCUCUGGGAAGCGCUGUGAUUUGCCUGGAUUUAUAAGAACCCGUUGCAGACACAUUGGAUAAGAUUCCUCACCCUCAAAGUAUUAGGCAUUCAAGAAUUGCCUUGCCUCUUAUCAAAUGAAGUGAACAAAACAGCUAGUCCUGUAAUACCGAAAAAGGUUUCACUUGCUUCAUAUGGGGGUCCAGCAAGUUAGAAUUUUACGUUUGGAUUGUCAAGUUUGAAAUGUCAAGGAUAGAACAAUCAAACAAGGAAUUCUAAAGGUCUGCUCUCUAGAGAUGUCUUCUUAGUCAAGCUGCCGAGGAGUUGAAGAGGUGACAUGCCUCUGUAACACAUCGUCUGAAACAAAUGAUUGGUUGCCAUGCCUCCAGGGAUGGUAUGUCGUCUUUUAGCCCCAGCAGUCCGAUCGCUGCUACCUCCGCUGCUGCUGCUAGUCCUAGGCUGUCCCUUUCCCAGUGGCCUCUCUUUGGCCUCUGACCCCUCUCACUUCGACCCCUAUCCAUCCUUCUCCCGCAACGACACACUGUUUGAGCACUUGGCGCUCCACCCGGACCCUUCCGUGGGCCGAGUCUAUAUCGGGGCGAGGGACCGCCUCUUCCAGCUGGACCGCUUCCUGGCGCCUGAGCUACAAGACAACACGGGGCCCGUAACGGACAGUCGAGAGUGCCUGCCCCCCGUCACCGUGGGCAACUGUCCCCAGGCACGACGCACCAGCAACCAUAACAAGCUCCUGUUGGUGGACCCCUUCUCCAUGGAGUUGAUCACGUGUGGGAGCGUCAACCAAGGAAUUUGCCAGAAGCGUAGUCUAGCCUCUGUGGAUGAGGUGCUCUUCUCGGCUGAGAGGCCGGUGGAUACCCAGUACGUGGCGGCCAACCACCCCAAUGUGAGCACUGUGGGACUCAUAGUCCGCUCACGCCCCGACCGCCAACCUGUCCUGUUCGUGGGGCGGGGCUACACCACCAGCCACCCUCCUAUCUCCACACGGAACCUCGCCCAGGAACCCGUGUUCUCCUACGAGGAGACGGCCAAGCUGGCCGUGGCGGGACGCCUGUCGGAGUACGACCACCAUUUCGUGGCCUCUUUCGCCCACCGCCAGCACGUUUACUUCCUCUUCUACCGCCGCGACCUCAAGUCGCAGUCGCGCGAGUACCGCACCUACGUGUCCCGCGUGUGUCUGGACGACCAGGCGUACUACUCCUACGUAGAAGUCCCCCUGGCGUGCCGCUCGGCCGGCGGGAAAAGCUAUAACCUCCUCCAGGCCGUGCGCCUCGGUUUACCCAAGAACGACGUGGUGUCCAGAGGUCCCGAGGUCCUCCUGGGCGUGUUCUCCACCCGCAUGGCUUCGUCAACACGGCCCAGCGAGGACUCGGCCCUUUGCAUGUUCUACCUGGACGAGUUGGACCAGCGCAUCAACUCCACCAGGGACCUUUGCUACACCCAGGUGGGCAGGACGGAAGAGGGGAAUGAGGCCGCCUACAUAGAGUACGACGUCAAGUCCAACUGUGCCAACCUGCCUUCGAACACUUUGGAUGCCUACCCCUGUGGUUCUGACCACACUCCCAGUCCAAUGGCCAGCCGGAUGCCUGUGGAGGCAGAGUCCAUAUUAGACAGCCCAUCUGCCCGUCUCACCGCCGUCGAGGUCAGCGUGAGGGCAAGACAUACCAUCGCCUUUCUGGGGGACUCCAAGGGAAACCUGCACAAGGUGUUCCUGGGUCCCGAGGGUGAGGUAGAGGUGUAUGACGUUGUUUCCAUCCAGCCCAACGCUCCCAUCAGCUCGGACUUGCUGCUGGACCAGGCCGAGGAGAACCUCUUUAUCAUGACGUCCACCAUGUUGCAAAAGAGGCCCGUGGCAGAGUGUCGGCAACAUCUAGACUGCCAGUCGUGUCUCUCUGCUCAUGAUCCCUACUGUGGCUGGUGUGUCCUGGAGGGAAGGUGUGUCCAGCAGGGGGAGUGUGGACGUGGGGCCCAGACUGGCCAGUGGCUGUGGAGUUUCGACAUGGAGCAGCAAUGCCUCAUCAUCCAGUCUCUCAACCCCGCCAACAUCAGCCGGGAGGAGAAGAGAAGCAUCUCUCUGUCUGUCCCGGGGCUGCCUGUGCUGGAGGAGGGAGAGUCCUACUCCUGCUACUUCCACAGCAGCUCCAGCCCCGCCACCAUCACAGGCUCCGGUGUUGUCUGCCUCUCCCCCGAUCCCCACAGGGCCCCAGCUGUAUCACCGGGGCAAGAUUUUGUCACAGUCACCUUGUCACUGCGCUUCAACGACGUGGUCGUCACGGCCAACGAGUUCACUUUCUACGACUGCACCUCUGUCAAGCAGCUGUCUGGGAGCAUGCCUUGCCGUGGCUGUGUGUUAAGUCGCUGGGGCUGUAAUUGGUGUGUUCAUCAACACACCUGCACCCACAAGCCCACCUGCGAGGAGGGAGUCAUCAUUUACAAUGAACACUUUAAACUCCCCACCUCGGCCCCUCCCACUGUCAAAACUGUUACCAUAGCAACAACUGUCCCUACCACAACUGUAGCACCAACAUCAACAACCCCCCCAACAAUACCCCCAACCAUUACAACCACAGCCACCAUAGCUACAACAACCAUAGCUAGUACAACUACAACAGAAGCCACUAUGACUGUAGCUACAACUCAAGAGCCUUCAACAACACCACUGUCUACUACAUUACCCACAACCACCAUCACAGAGCCUGCAACUUCGCCCUCGACCACAACCAUAGUGACCAAGGCUCCCACUACUCUGCCCCCUCCAACCGAAGCUACGACGUCAUUAGUUGAGAUCGCCACAACUGAGAAGAACAAGGAGGAGACGACAUCCACAGUGAUAUUCCUUGCGUAUGAGCAAACCGAAAUGGAAACCGAAGGCCUCAUGGUAACACCAGGCAAUGUGGAUGUUGCCACGGAGGCGGACUUGACCAAUGUCACGUUAGCAGCCGAUGAUGAAGAUUUGUACGAACUGACUCCACUGGCAGGUCCUCCAGAGUUACCUCCGUUGGAGGUGGUCACCGAUUCCCCCCCUAGCAGUGUACCAGAAAUGGACCAAGCACAGAGCCUUGGGGAACUCCCCAGCGAGACCACCCAGGCCUCGUCAUCCGGCUACUCCCUUCCGUCCCCCUUCCCGCUGGGUGAGCCAUCUGACUCGGAGCCUACCUUCCACCUGGACUUUACUCAACCUCCACAAGACCCCCAGCCACCCACCCAGGACACAAGCAGGGGCUCUGACCCAGAAGUCCUAUUUUGGCCCGGGGAGGAUGCAGAUGAGGACUCUGAAGUCACCGUAGCGGAAAACGACACAGCCUCCUUUUCUGCUGCCACCGUGUUGUCGGGCGACGGGGAGGUCGACCACACCUCCCAGGCGUUUCCGCGUCUCAUGGACGCUGAUUCUGAGCUAGACUACCAGUACGACAUGGCCGACACAUUUCUUCCGGGAGACGAGGGCUCCUAUGUGAGCUGGGGCUCGUCAGCUUGUCCAUGUGUAGAGAAGGUCCAGGGCUCUGCUCUUCUGCCUGUCAAAGUAGAGAAGAAGAUAACCCUGCUGGCUCGCAACCUCCAUCUGUACCAGGACAGAGACUUGGACUACGAGUGUGUGUUGGUCAUUGAAGGGCGCACUGUGGUGGUAGACGCUUAUGUGGAGAUGGAUGACCUGAGUCCGUCCCUGUUUGACAUCACUUGUCAGUUGCACCAGUACUCAUACUCAGCUGUGGUGGACGAGUACAACGCCAUGGUGUAUGUGAAGAGGAGGGACACCUUCCACGUGGACAGCGCCCCCGACCUCUACGUCACCUUGUACAACUGCUCGGUGGGGAGGUCUGACUGCAGCCGCUGCCACACUGCCGAUGCCGUGUAUGGAUGUGUGUGGUGCGGGGGGGCUCAGGCUAGCUGCCUGUACGGAGACUCCUGCAGCGAGCCCAUAGAGCAGACCUGCCCCGCCCCCGUCAUCCACUCUAUCGAGCCCCUGUCAGGCCUGGUGGAGGGGGGAACAGUGGUUACCAUCUCCGGGUCUAACCUGGGGCAGAAGGCCGACGACAUCCUGGAAUCAGUUACUGUGGCUGGAGUGGCCUGCACAGUCAUCCCCCAGCUCUACGAGAUCUCCUCCAGGAUUGUGUGUCGGACCAAAGCCAGUGGAGGAGAGAAGAUUGGCCAGGUGUCUGUAGAAGUGAGUGGGGGAGAAUUUGGCCUCUCCAGCCAGAGAUUCAGCUACCAGGAUCCCUUCUUGAUGGAAGUGACCCCACAGAGGGGUCCCAAGGCAGGGGGCACGUCCCUGACCAUCACGGGGAGGAACCUACUGACUGGUCGGCCCGCUGACCUCACCGUCACUGUGGGAGGGGUGCCCUGUUCCAUAUCCUCAGUGCAGGAGUCCAGUGUGGUGUGUGUUACAGGCAGCAGCAACAGGACAAGCGAGCAUCGUGUGACGCUUCACUACAGCAACAGUCACCGUCACCUCCAUGACAUGCCCUACCGCUACACCCCUGACCCCAACAUCACCAACGCCGCUCCUGCAAAGAGCUUCCUUGGUGGCGGUCGUCUGAUCUUCGUGUCGGGCCACAAUCUGGACGUGGUCCAGGAUCCCAGGAUGGUGGUGACCGUCUCUCCCUACCAGUCCCUGACCAGGAGGAGGAGGAGUGGAGGAGGGGAGCAGGAGAAGGUGGGGGGCAGGCGUCGUAGGAUGGUGCCUGAGGUUGACUGCCCUGGGGAUCCUGCUUGCUUACUCAAGCAGUACGUGGAGCGCUGCGAGGUCAACUCCUCCUCCCUAGUCCUGUGUCGCAGCCCAGCCGUCGUGGCCUCGGUCUGGGGCUCCCAGGUGGCUGUGGACUUUCUUCUGGACAACCUGCGCUUCCCAUUCGGUGCCGUCAGCCCCCAGGGCUUCCUGUACGAACCCGACCCUGUCCUGCACCCCCUCAACCAGCACGACCCUCUCCAGCCCUACCGCUACAACCCUGGCAGCUUUAUUCAGCUGGAGGGAGAGAACCUGGACCUGGCAAUCUCUAAGGAUGAGGUGGUGGUGCUGGUAGGCGAGGGGGUGUGCGCGGUGAAGACCCUGACCAGGAACCACCUCUACUGCGAGCCCCCGCCCCUGCAGCCCGCCCCCGGAGGAACAGGGAGGAAACGCGAGGGCGGUGACACACUGCCCGAAUUCACAGUCCAGAUGGGGAACCUGAACUUCUCACUAGGGAGGGUUCAGUAUGACACCCUCAGCCUUGCAACGUUCCCCCUGGAGGCCCAGGUGGGGGUGGGGGUAGGGGCCUCUAUAGUCGCCCUCAUUGUCCUCAUCAUCGUGCUCAUAUACAGGAGGAAGAGUAAGCAGGCCCUGAGGGACUAUAAGAAGGUGCAGAUCCAGCUUGAGAACUUAGAGACCAGUGUGAGAGACCGCUGCAAGAAGGAGUUCACCGAUCUGAUGACAGAGAUGAUGGACAUGUCCAGUGACCUGGUGGGCUCGGGCAUCCCCUUCCUGGAUUACCGGGCGUACGCCGAGCGCAUCUUCUUCCCGGGCCACCGGGAGUCCCCGCUGCGGCGAGGGCUGGAUGUGCAGGAGUGUCGCAGGCAGACGGUCGAGCAGGGCCUGCUGCAGCUGUCUAACCUGCUCAACAGCAAGCUGUUCCUCACCAAGUUUAUCCACACCUUGGAGAGCCAGAGGACUUUCUCCCCGCGGGACCGAGCCUACGUGGCCUCCCUCCUCACGGUGGCACUGCACGGCAAACUAGAGUACUUCACUGAUAUCCUAAAAACGCUGCUCAACGACCUGGUGGAGCAGUACGUGGCCAAGAACCCCAAACUGAUGCUGCGCAGAACAGAGACGGUUGUGGAAAAGUUGCUGACCAACUGGAUGUCCAUCUGUCUCUAUGCCUUCCUCAGGGACUCUGCAGGGGAGUCUUUGUAUAUGCUGUUCAGAGCCAUCAAGCACCAGGUGGACAAGGGUCCUGUUGACGCGGUGACGGGGAAAGCCAAGUAUACCCUCAACGACAACCGCCUGCUCCGAGAGGACGUGGAGUACCGCACCCUGACUCUGAACGUGCUGAUGCAGGGCGGGGGGGUAAACGAGACCCAGCCCCUGCCCUCCAAGGUGCUGGACUGUGACACCAUCACCCAGGUGAAGGAGAAGCUGCUGGAGCAGGUGUACAAGGGCACCUCGUUCUCCCACCGGCCCCACACAGACUCUCUGGACCUGGAGUGGAGGUCUGGAGUAGCAGGUCACCUGAUCCUUUCGGAUGAGGACCUAACAUCAGUUGUCCAGGGCAACUGGAAACGGCUCAACACACUCCAGCACUACAAGGUUCCAGACGGCGCCACGGUUGCGUUGGUCCCGCGCCACACCAAACACAUCCACCAUGACAGCCACGACUACGUGGCCGGAGAAAAGACGCCCAUGCUGGAGGAUGCGGACGAGGGCGGCGUGAGGCUGUGGCACCUGGUGAAGGCCAGCGAGGAGCCCGAGCUGCCCAAGCACCGCCGGGGAAGCCUGAGGGAGAGGGAGAGGGCCAAGGCCAUACCAGAGAUCUACCUCACACGGUUGCUCUCCAUGAAGGGAACUCUCCAGAAGUUUGUGGACGACCUGUUCACAGUGAUCCUGAGCACCAGUCGGCCCGUACCCCUGGCGGUCAAGUACUUUUUCGACCUGCUGGACGACCAGGCAGGCCACCACGGCAUAUCCGACCCCGAGACGAUCCACAUCUGGAAGACCAACAGUCUUCCUCUGAGGUUCUGGAUCAACAUAGUGAAGAACCCCCAGUUCAUCUUCGAUGUCCAGGCGUCUGACCACGUUGACGCUGUGCUCUCCGUCAUCUCCCAGACCUUCAUGGACUCCUGCACCCUCGCUGAGCACAAGCUGGGGAGGGACUCUCCCAUCAACAAACUGCUGUAUGCCAGAGACAUUCCCCGCUAUAAGCAGAUGGUGGAAAGAUACUACGCUGACAUCAGGCAAACGAUAUCAGCCAGCGACCAGGAGAUGAACUCUGCCCUAGCAGAACUGUCCAGGAAUUACUCAGGCGAGUUAAAUUACCUUGUCGCCCUGCACGAGCUGUAUAAGUACAUCAACAAGUACUAUGACCAGAUCAUCACAGCAUUAGAGGAGGACACCACUGCCCAGAAGAUGCAGCUAGGCUACCGGCUCCAGCAGAUAGCCGCCGCUGUGGAGAACAAGGUCACCGACUUGUGACAGAGGAGCGCCAGAGUUGCUCGGCGGAGGAGGGGGGAGGGGGUGAGACCCAAAUAAGUUAGACAGUGAGCACACACUGUAGGUUUACACUCUAGGGAUGGGUCUAAUGAGGAGAAAAGAGGGAGCAGGGAGAAUAGGAAUGGAUGAAUUGAUGGACAAAUAAAUGGAGGAGGAUAGACUGAUGGACAAAAAGUAACUUACUCUUUUGUGGGAGAAGGGGUGCAAGGAGGUGGCAAUGGACUGAGUACCCCCCUUUACCACUCCAAGGAUCAUGGGGUGAACUGGGUGUUCCGCAAGCCUUGACUGACUUUGGAGUGCAAUGGAUUUGGAAGUGAAUGGAACACACAAAAAAAUAUUCUAAGAGUUGACCAUGGAGCUCCAAACUCCACAGGUUCCUGUGCGGUGGACGUGACCGCUGUUGUGAAUAAACACACACACACAGGGCAAGGAUUUUGUUUGUCACUUUUUAUUACCCACCGCUGGACGUCUGCCCUUCUGUGACAUCUACCUCUUCUUGACCCAGGUGUGCAAAGGGUUCAGUGUCAGAGUUCAAACUAAACUCUAAGGCUAGUUUCUAAACAUUCUGCCAUGUUACAAGAAAAUACAUUUACUAUGAAAAGCAUAGGGGCUUAGAUGCUGUAUCACCUUGCUUUACCUCAGUUUACCAUAAUACAUCACAAUACUUUUCUCUUAUAGAUUUAUGUUAUUUAAAUGCUCACAUUUUUAUUUAUACACAUAUCCUGACCAACAGGUACUGCUAGCACAUAUCCGUUUAAAUGGUGGAAUUGCAUAGCAUGAGUUGGGAGUGUUGAAAGACUGAUGCGCACACACAGCUCUCAAUCAUCAGACAUUUUUCAGACUUUUUAUAUCUUUUCACAAUUGAUUCGGGGCAGUGCUGAAAGGUGGAAUAGUUGUGGCGGUAACCAUUUGAUGAAGUCCAUCAGUUUUUCCUGUGUUGUUCAUUAUGUCACAAAACUAGAGGGAAGAGAACAAUGUGGUCAAGAAUGUUUUCAAGUUUCAGCAGAAUGCUGAAAGGUACUCCAAGCAAGAGGCUGUCUUUUAGAAAGUACAGAAAACCAAGUUAAUUAUGUUUUUGUGGAUGUUUUGUUGGUGUUGAUUGAGAUUUUGACACUUCUAGUCUAACAAUCACUGGAAAGACACUAGAAUCUCAACAUGGGAUUGCUUUUUAGAAUUGAACCAUAGAGGUAUAUGCCCCAUGACAUGGCAUAGCUCUGUACACCUUUCUGCAUUAUAUAUUUUUCACAUUCUUUUACAUUUUCAUCAAGGAAAAAUAUGAGUCAUGUCUCACUUUGCUUUGUUGUAGUGUUUUAAUUUGUAUGGUUUAACUGCCUGGAUCUGUGUUGCAGUUUUCUUAUUGAACACUAGAUGGAAACAAUUUCUAUGUUUAUAGAACUGCUUCUUUAUAUACAAAACACUCAAGGAUGCUAUGACCUGGGGAUGUUAAAACACACUUCUUUUUGACAGGUAUGUUGUUAGAAUUAUCCAUAAAGCACACUGCUGUUUUUGUGUUUUAUAUGAUAUACAGCCAUUUGUCUAAGAUUCAACAAGUGUUUAUAAUUUUAUCAACUCAAAUUCUGGUAAUAUUUAUAUGAAGCUGGUAAAUGUUUACCCAGUCAAUCUGAGGUUGUGAGUGUUACUUAUCUGACUUUACAAAAUUGAGAAUUUAGACCACCGGAUGCACUCGACGUGUUCCAACGAAUAGCGACCAAAAACUGUAAGGCCUAAGGAAGAAUUAUCAGUGAACUGUGUCUUAUUUCUGUACUCCAAACAAGUUGUUUUCCAAACAACUCCUUGGCAAGAGUGUGUGAUGGAUGUAUUUGUUCAACAUGGUCCCUUAAGUUCUAUUCUGCUGUAUAUAUACACCCAUGCCCAGAAAUUACACAUUGUAAGCAAGUCAUAGAGUAAUGCAAUCACACUACUUACCAUACGCAACUAAUGGCUCAUCUGAAUGGAUGAUUUGUACUGUCCUAUGCUUUUAAUGUAGAUGACUAUAAAACCUGAGUAUGAUGGACACGGGGGUCAUUUGAGGGAAAACUGUAAUUAUUGUUAGGGUGUAUAAAGUUCUGCUAUGUAGAGCAGGCUCUGCAAGGAGCAAUUUUAAGGAUGUUUCUUAUUUUGUUUGUUAAUAUCAUUUGUACAUAGUGAUUUAAUAAUGUAACUUGUAGCAACUUAACCUGUUUAAUAAGAUAAUGUGCAAAUUCUUACAGAUGGUGAAGAAAUAAAGUAUUAAAA